UCAGGCAAAAACUAAGACGGCAGUACGAGCAGAGAUCUGCAAUAGAUAAACACAGACAUAGAGCAGCCACCGGGAAGCAUAGAGGCUGAUACCGACAGGGAGAGAGAGGGAGGCAGCCAUUUUGGCAUUUACAAUUCUCACUGCUGUUUUUAAGUCAUUUUAUUUAAAUGUUUCAUUCAGGGGGGACAUAGCAGGGAUAUAAAAGCAGGUGUUCCCUUUAAGAGGGAAAGGAUCAGGACCAAGGACAGCAUCCUCCAUCUCCAUCCUCCAUCUCCAGCUCCUGUAUAGGUACCACAGUUUGAGAGGAAGCCCAACUGACCAGGCCAGACUUCAACCUCAGUCCCUCCACCUACAUGGAGCUCAGCUGUUAUGGAUGGGAGAAGCCUAACCCUGUCUGAGAAACCCCUAUGAACAACAGACCCGAUGGACAUCAAAGGCCAGUCCUGGACUGAUGAGGAAUCAGAUGGGGAGAAUGAGUCGGAGCAGUUCCUCUAUGGGAUCCAGGGGAGCUGUGCUGCUGACCUGUACCGCCACCCACAACUGGAUGCAGACAUCGAGGCAGUGAAGGACAUCUAUACCGACAGUGCUGUCUCUGUCAGAGAGUAUGGAACCAUUGAUGAUGUGGACAUUGACCUUCAGAUUAAUAUCAGUUUCUUGGAUGAGGAGGUGGCAACAGCCUGGAAGGUCAUCCGAACAGAGCCCAUCAUUCUGAGACUACGCUUCUCUCUCUCCCAGUACCUAGAUGGACCGGAACCGUCAGUGGAGGUGUUCCAGCCCUCCAAUAAAGAGGGCUUCAGCCUGGGCCUGCAGCUCAAGAAGAUCCUGAGUACAUUCACGUCCCAGCAGUGGAAGCAUCUCAGUAAUGAGUUCCUGAAGGCCCAGCAGGAGAAGAGACACAGCUGGUUCAAGGCCGGGGGAACCAUCAAGAAGUUCCGCGCAGGACUCAGCAUCUUCUCUCCCAUCCCUAAGUCCCCCAGCUACCCUCUGAUACAGGACACGGUUCUGAAGGGGAAGCUGAGUGUUCCAGAGCUGAGGGUGACCCGGCUCAUGAAUCGCUCCAUCUCCUGCACCAUGAAGAACCCCAAGGGGGAGCUGUUCAGCUACCCCCCCAACAGCCAGACUGUGGCUGUCCCGGCGGCCAGGGCCCCAGCGCAGAUUACCACGAGGCAGCUGAUUGAAUUGUUUUUCUCAUCCCAGGCGGGCGGCCACUGCAAGAACAUCCCUACCUUGGAAUAUGGCUUCUUAGUACAGAUAAUGAAAUACUCGGAGCAGAGGAUCCCCACUCUCAAUGAGUACUGUGUGGUCUGUGACGAGCAGCACGUCUUUCAGAACGGAUCCAUGUUGAAGCCGGCUGUGUGCACUAGAGAGCUGUGUGUGUUCUCCUUCUACACUCUGGGUGUGAUGUCAGGAGCAGCAGAGGAAGUGGCCACUGGAGCAGAGGUGGUGGAUCUGCUGGUGGCUAUGUGUCGGGCUGCUCUGGAGUCUCCUCGUAAAAGCAUCAUCUUUGAACCCUACCCGUCUGUGGUCGACCCCAACGACCCCAAGACUCUGGCCUUCAACCCAAAGAAGAAGAACUAUGAGAGAUUGCAAAAAGCACUGGACAGUGUCAUGUCCAUCCGCGAGAUGACCCAGGGCUCAUAUCUGGAGAUUAAGAAACAGAUGGACAAACUGGACCCUUUGGCUCACCCUCUACUGCAGUGGAUCAUAUCCAGUAACAGAUCCCAUAUCGUCAAGCUGCCUCUGAGUAGGCAACUGAAGUUCAUGCACACAUCCCACCAGUUCUUGUUGCUCAGCAGCCCGCCUGCCAAGGAGGCACGCUUUCGCACAGCCAAGAAGCUCUACGGCAGCACCUUUGCCUUCCAUGGUUCCCAUAUAGAGAACUGGCACUCCGUUCUGAGAAAUGGACUAGUCAAUGCCUCUUAUACCAAACUGCAGCUGCAUGGUGCAGCCUAUGGAAAGGGUAUCUAUCUCAGCCCCAUCUCCAGCAUUUCCUUUGGAUACUCAGGGAUGGGUAAAGGACAGCACCGCAUGCCCACCAAAGAUGAGCUGGUGCAGCGUUACAACCGUAUGAAUACCAUUCCACAGGUACAGUGUCUGAUGAGCCGUCCUAUCCAGUCAAGGUUUCUCCAGAGCCGGAAUCUAAACUGCAUUGCCCUUUGUGAAGUGAUCACGUCCAAGGACCUGCAGAAGCACGGCAACAUCUGGGUGUGUCCUGUGUCCGACCACGUCUGCACGCGCUUCUUCUUCGUGUACGAGGACGGCCAGGUGGGAGAUGCCAACAUCAACACCCAGGAGCCCAAGGUGCAGAAGGAGAUAAUGCGUGUGAUUGGCACCCAGAUCUACUCCAGCUAAUGGAGGCUCCCCGGUGGCCCUUGAGGAACAGGUCUGUACUGCAGAUAGACCGACAGACAGAACUAUAGACAUAAAUACAGACAGACAUUUGGGAAACACAAACUCAGACCAGAUGAGGGAGGUUGAUGAUCUUUACGCCUCAUAUCUACAGUCCUUUUCCCUUUUUUCCCCUGACUUUUUAUUCCUCUGCUUUCCGUUCUCCCUGUGUCUGGCUAGCAUGUGUAACAGUUGCUACUCUGUGCUCUAGUGAGCCACACCCGUGGGCUAGAUAGAGCUGGAAAACACAGGACUGGUUUGCCACACACACACACUCUGACCUGAAGCGCAAGAGCGCACACACACACACACACACACACACACACACACACACACACACACACACACACACACACACACACACACACACACACACUUCCCUUUCAGCCCCUGGUCUCUCAUUUCCUCCUGAGCCACUGUCAAGUCUCAUCCACUCUCUUUUAUCAGCAGCAAAUUUGAGAAUCCUUUGGACUAUGUAUCUAUAUUCAUCAGUUGUCAUUGUGAAUAUCUAGAAGAAGAACAAAGAAUCAUGUAUUGUUUAUUACGUCCCCCUGUGGGUGUUGAAUGAUGGAUCUACAUGCAUAUAGAAGUUUGUUAUUUUAUUGUGUUUGUUGUAGGCAUUAUCUCAGUGAUCCGUUUAUUUCCUAUUUUUUGACUAAUGCCAUAAAUUAACGGGCCAAGAUGCAAUUAUCUCCCGGGUCAAAGCACUGUUCUACCAUGCCUCGUCAUGUAGUGGGUCAGUUUGUCUUCAGAUAGCACAGACAGAGGGACCUGAAGCCCUCUGGUUGAGUAAAAUGAUCGUAUGUUACACGGGAGAAUCCAUCACUAGCUAAUAUUGUUACCAGUCUGUCAGGAGAGACUAGUCACAGACAGACACAGACAAAGUCUGCUCCCUCUGUAGACUAAAGGCUUUUCUUGUCUUCUACUGACGUUUCAUUUAGGGAAAUUAGACCGGAGAGUCAAAAUGAUGACACAGAGAAUACUGGUGCCCUCUAGACUGCUGAAUCUGAGAGAGCAUGAUGCCAAACCCAUAGCAACACUCUUCUUAGAGAAAUCACACUGACAAGAGGAGCUGUUCUGCCAUGGCCAUAGACUUAUCUUUGUGACUUGCUCCAUAAAGUACAGUCCAUCCCACUCUGAGCGACUAGGGCAGUGACCCCCCAGGUGAAUCCAUGCCCUACAGCCCACUAUCCCUCCCUACUCUGAGAGAUAUAAUACAUGAAGAUAUUAUAUGGCUAUGGCCCUACCCACAGGACACUGGAUGUUGUUCAAGUGCUUUACUUACAUAUUUAUGGUUUACCUUGGGGAACGGUAACCCUGUGUAUAAUUUACUCUGUUUAUCAAUUAGUUGUAUGUAUGUGUGGGUUAUUCGUAUUUUCUGUACUAUAGUACAUUAUACUGGACAUUGCACUUAUUCAACAUUUGCUUAGCCCAGAUAAAAUGUAUGUUCUCUCUCUUUCUGGCUCUCUGUCUCUUUCUCUCUCUCUCUCUCUCUCUCUCUCUCUCUCUCUCUCUCUCUCUCUCUCUCUCUCUCUCUCUCUCUCUCUCUCAGACUGUCUCAAGGUCUACCUGUCUAGUGUGUAGAAAGAUAGGGAACCACCGAAAUACUUAUAUUUGGAGUAAAAGUAAACAAAAUAACAAAAUGUCCCUUAUGGUAAAAUGUCUUCACUAGGACAUACAUACAUAGCGGCGUUGGUGUUGAACAACAACAACAAGAGUGUAUUGUAAGUGUGAAUAUGGACCAGAGAAGGAGAAAUGUACUGUUGGGAGAGAAAUGGCUCUAUCUGCACAUGUCAAUUAUUGUUUGUAGAAAUGGAAAGACUGGGGGAAACACUUUACAAAGCCUUCAGUAUCCAGUGCUCCUUCUGGCUGCAGGAUGUCGGGCCCGUUGACAGCUGAUAUGUAUUGUUCCCCCCAUAAAGAGUGACUGUAUUCAGAUCCCUAUCUGUUCUUGUCCCUCUCUGUCAGUGGUGUGUUCAUGAUGGUGACGACGAUGGAAAGAUAUGAUGAAAGGAAUGAAUAAAGAUUUUGCACAAUUUUAA